AUGGAGACGACGUUGCGCACGCUUUGCAUCAUCCCGCAUGAGGCCCGUGACGAUGAAUUUUUUGACGCCGUCUUCGAAGACGGGGUGCGUGCGUUCUCUCAGGGGCGUUUGCACUCCCUUUUUUUUUCACACGUCUUGAGUCCGGCGCACGACAUUGCCGGCCACGUUGUAGGGCCCCUGCUGAAUAAAGUGCGCCAAGGCGGUAGCGCCGCUCUCAUCGUGGCGCUACCGGAGGAUGAAACAAACGGGGUUAGCGCGGACAGUGCUGGCGCUACAUCGGGUGAAAAGUUAGGGGUUUCUCUUGAGCUUUACACACAUUUGUUGCCACUGCUGUUCCGUAGCGCCGAGCGCUGCUGCUUUGCUCGGGUUUCUGCCAUCACCUUUAGCGUGAAGGAAAAAAAGCUGCACGACCUAUUACAACGUUGUGAGGUGCGUAGCGAAAGGGAUGUGCAGUAUCAAUUGAUAGAGCGUGAGGGAUCGUCCUCAAAGUGGGGUGCGAUUGUGAAUCUGCUGCAUGAUCGACAUGCACAGUUGGAGCAGGGUGGCAUACUGCCACUAGAGUCUAUGGUGGUAGUGCGGGUAGAUCUUGAGGGGUACGGCACGGUUGUGCUCGCGGAGGUGGGCUGUGGGCAGAAAACACUGGAUCAACUGACGUUGUUUCUUCGCAGCGGCGGGGUGUGUGGUUCCAAGACGUAUCCGCCACGGGGUCUUCUCUCCUGCAGCCUACGAGACAUGGCACCACCAGCAGCGUUGGUGCAUGUUGUGGGAAUUCCGGAUCCCCCCUUGGCGCCUCGCAGCUCGAUGCGGCUUCUUCGAUUUAUGUCUUCAAUGUCUCAUGCACCUGCGGCAGAGCCGACGGAGGUCUCUUUGCAGACCCACGGCGCACCACAGCAGCGGAAACCGCAACAGGGUGAUACCACCCGCUUGUCACCGGUGUAUCCCUCCCCUGUUGAGGCAGCGGAUGAGAAGCCGGUGGUUGCGGCUGCUGCGGGUGCUUCUCGGAAGCCGGUUCACCCCUACGCCUGGAUGGGGGAGCUUUUUGUUGACCCCUCACAGUGUGCGCAUGCGCUGUCGCAUCGACAGUCUGCCACGAGUGCCCCCACGUGGGACUGGGGUACCACUCGUCCUGAGCAGCCGUGCAGUGGCAUCGCACGAGCCACGUCAUCGUGCGCCACAGCAACCCCCGUGAAAGGCGCGCUCGUUGAAGAAGACGUGCCGCGGGUGUCACGAGAACAGACGCUUGUAGACUGGACGACAACUCUGGACCGCACAAAUCGCGAACUCACAGAGGCGUUACUUGCCGCCAAGGCUGAAAUUAAGCAUUCGCAGGGAUUGCAGCAGUCUUUUCAAGAAGCUCUACGGCAAAAGCAAGACACAAUCCUUUCUCUGACAGCAUCUAGCGAAAAGAUGAGGCAGGACAACGUAGAUUACGCGAAAUUGGUCCCAAGGCUCCUCCGCAAGAUUAAAGGACUCGAGAAGGAGAAGGACACGCUACAACAAACUUUAAAAGGACGGGAUAGCCAAGGUAGCGAACUGCAGGAAAACAACCGUCGUCUUCAGGCGGAGCUGCAACGGCUACAACGAGAGAUGAAAUGCAUAACAAAAAAAGAAACGCAGCGUCUUAGAGAGCAAGCCCUGAUUCGUAUUGGGACGAGUAACGGGGUGAAGCGGACCGCCGAAAAGGUUAGUGGCAGAGCCACUUCCCCGAAGCGUGUUCGCAGCGUGGCAGUGUCACCUAUGCCCAACGCCAGUGGACGAUCCACGAGCGGAGGCGCGGCGGAAAAGGAGGGAGAGAGUGGAUCAACACUUCUUGGCGCGAUUGAGGAGUUACGGCGGCGUAAUAUGGCACUGGAAGCAGAAGUGCAAACACUCCGACGGGAGAGAACUGCCACGGAUGGUCAUAUAGAGGACCACGCAAAGGGAGCAGCGGCGGAAGCUGGCGAGCAGCGGGUGAUGUUUACUGCCUGUGAGACAAUGCGGGACCAACUUUGUCGUCUCACGGAGGAACUUCAUCGCACUUACGAGGAAAAUGAGCGGCUACGGCGUCUAGUAACGGAUCGGUCUCUUGUUUCCUCGUACUCGCCUGCAACAGUACGGGAUGACGUUGUGUCGGUGGUUGCUGCCUCACUGAUGGCUGGGUGUGAGUCGCUCUGCGCUCAACUAAAACACAUGGAGGCGGAGGUUCGUCGCAAAGAAACUAAAGGCGUAACUCAAACUUUGACGGGCUGUGUUUUCCGCGAGCACGUGGAGGCGGUGACGGCACUGGAGGCGGCGGUGCGGGACAUCGAUGGCCGACGGUAUCGUGGGGCAGAGAGUUACGAGUCUAUCGUGCCGGCGAGCGCCACCGCCGCAGAUGCAGAGCACUUUUCAAAUCUAUUGUCUUUUGAAUUGGAGCGUGAAACCCAUUUGCGUGCGUUUGUGCCAACCUUUGCGCAGCUUUCUGUGGCGACAGAACAUCUCAAAAUGCGUGUUUUUCCCUCAGAUGGUUAA